AUGACGUGUGUGUGUCUGACGGCGCCAGUACGUCUCGGCGUCUCGGCCUGCAUUAUAACUCGCUCCGAGCUGCAGCCCGCUCGCGCUCGCCGCACACACGCCCGCACACGCUCCCCAUAUAAUGUCAAAGGUCUCCGUCGGCGGCGGCCCGCCCCACCCCACGCGCCGCACAAAGACAAUAUCGCGACGUCAAAGGAGCGCCGUCCCGCGCCCAACUCGCCGCCCGCCGCCCCGCGCCUAGAGGAAAUGAAAAAU